AUGACAAUUGCUCGCAACUGGUGGAAAAAUGCCACUGUAUACCAAAUCUGGCCAGCUUCGUACAAGGACUCCAAUGGAGACGGUUUUGGUGAUAUCCCAGGUAUCAUAUCAACAUUGGACUACCUCAAGGAUUUAGGAGUGGAUGUGAUUUGGUGUAGUCCCAUGUACGACUCGCCGCAGGAUGACAUGGGGUAUGACAUUAGCGACUACGAAAAGGUUUACCCGAAGUAUGGAACUAACGAAGAUAUGCAGGCACUUAUAGACGAAACGCAUAAGCGGGGCAUGAAAUUGGUGUUGGAUUUGGUUAUCAACCAUACUUCUAGCGAGCAUGCCUGGUUCAAGGAAUCCAGAUCCUCGAAGACCAACCCAAAAAGAGAUUGGUAUAUUUGGAAGCCUCCUAAAUUUGAUGCAGAUGGUAAGAGACAUCCUCCUAAUAACUGGAGUUCGUAUUUUUCUGGCUCAGCUUGGGAAUACGACGAACUUACUGAAGAGUACUACUUAAGACUCUUUGCCAGAACUCAACCUGAUUUGAACUGGGAAAACGACGAAACCAGAAAGGCAGUCUAUGACUCUGCUAUGAAGUUUUGGCUCGACAAGGGUAUUGAUGGCUUUAGAAUUGAUACAGCUGGAUUGUAUUCAAAGGAUCAACGCUUCCCGGAUUGUCCCAUUGUAUACCCAGAUGAAGAAUUUCAGCCAAGUCAAAAGUAUAGUCUGAAUGGGCCCCGGAUUCAUGAAUUCCACAAGGAAAUGUACGCCAAUGUAACUAGCAACUAUGAUGCCAUGACAGUUGGAGAAGUUGGCCAUUGUUCACGAGAAGAUGCCUUGAAGUAUGUCAGUGCCAAGGAACAAGAAAUGAAUAUGAUAUUCCUCUUCAAUGCUAUUAAUGUCGGUUACGAUAAAGCUGAUCGUUACAGGUACAAGGGCUGGACCUUGACUGACUUCAAGAAGGCCAUUCAAAAGGACUCUUCUUUCAUCGAAGGCACUGAUGCGUGGUCGACUGUCUUCAUUGAAAACCAUGACAUUGCUAGAUCGGUUACUAGAUUUGGCAGUCCCAAGCACACAUCAAAGUCUGCUAAGUUGAUUUCCUUGUUGGAGUCCACUUUAACAGGUACCCUCUUCAUAUACCAGGGCCAGGAAAUUGCCAUGGAAAAUUUACCAAGAUCUUGGUCUAUCGAAGAAUACAAGGAUAUCAACACUGUCAACUACUACAAGCAGUUCAAGGAGAAGUAUGGUAAUGACCCAGACUUCAAGGAGAAGGAAGAGAAGUUGAUGGACAUCAUCAACCUUGUUUCCAGAGACCAUGCAAGAUCUCCGGUUCAAUGGGAUUCUUCUCCCCAUGGCGGUUUCACUACAGGUACUCCGUGGACAAGAGUAAAUGAUAAUUACAAAGCCAUUAAUGUUGCUAGCCAGAUUGAUGACCCUAACUCGGUAUUGAACUUCUGGAAGAAGUCUAUUCAAAUAAGAAAGCAAUAUCAAGACUUGCUUAUUUUCGGCUCAUUCAAAAUCUUAGAUUUUGACAACGAGACCGUCUUCACAUAUGUUAAGGAAGAUGAAAAUGCUGCUUCUCCUAAGGCAUAUGUAGUAUUGAACUUCUCUAACGAUUCCGUGAAGUUUGAGAAGUUGAUCGAUGGCGAAUUUGAACUUGUUCACAGCACCACUGACGACAUUGACGAACUGACAUUGUCUCCAUAUGAAGGUCGUCUAUAUAUUGUUGAUUAG